GUAGUACUACUACUAAUUGAAGAAAGUUGAACUGGCAAUCAUAGUUGGGGAGGGGAAAAUUCCACGAGGAAAAAUGAACGAACGUUCGGAAACGAGGAACAACCGCUUUCCGAUACGGUUUCCGGCUAAGAAAUACCCACGAGUGGAUGUGGAUGUUUGUUCCAUGGAUACGGAUGAGGUACGCGUGCAAACUAGUGCUGUUUCUUACUUCCUCCUCCUCAUCUUUUUCCUUUCUUUCUUUAUCCCUCCUGCCGAAAAAGACCCGGCCGAACCCCAGCCUGGUUAUGGAUACAAAGAUGGAGAAUAAGUCCGGAGUACUCCGGACUAGGGUAGAAACGGACUUAGUUAGAAGCAGGGGAAAUAGAGUCUGUCUGAGUUGACUUAGGCACCACCGUCGGCCAAAUCGAUGACAAUAUGGCAAGGUAUUUGUUAUUACUACGGGAAA